UACCCCUUUUUUGAUAAAUACCUACGCUAUAAUAACCGUGACGUCAUGAUUAUCGCCAUUUUCGAUUUGUGUCAUCCGCUGUUGUUAUAAACUGGUAGCCGUCAUCGCAAAUAAUUUGCUAGAUAUCAUCGUGCCUCGCAGAUUUAAUUAGCUUCGAUUGUUCGUGCAUUUGACAUAUUUAUAGGACUAUGGAGGGUGGUGGUGCAGGAGGAGAAAUGGGCGGACCGCAUAACCCCCAGCAAGCGGGUGCAAGCAAGAAACUGCAGCAGACUCAGGCCACUGUAGAUGAGGUUGUAGGUAUAAUGAAGGUUAACGUGGAGAAGGUGCUGGAGCGAGAUCAGAAGCUGUCGGAGCUCGAAAACCGUGCAGAUGCCUUACAACAAGGCGCGACGCAAUUCGAACAACAUGCCGGCAAAUUGAAACGAAAGUACUGGUGGAAGAAUCUGAAAAUGAUGCUCAUCCUUGGCAUCAUAUGUGUUAUAAUUUUAAUCAUCAUUAUUGCUUCGGUUGUGCCAAGUUCGUCUUCAGACUCUGAUAAUGCUCCAAAAUGAUAGCGUUGUACCAAAGGAAAGACACGGUGUCAUACCGAACAACCAUUUUCUCUCUUAGGAUAAGUUAUAUAUUUGGUAAAGUACGUACAAGGGGAAUUGUCAAGGCUGGAGAUGAAGCGCGAAUGUGAAUUAUCAUGUUUGUAACGUCAUCCGCACAAAAAUUGGGAACAAAGAGAACAUAUUUUUGAGACUUAUUAUUGUACUGGAGUCCACAUGAUUAUUAGACUAACAACCAGUAUUAAUACAAGUGGCCUUUCUUUUUUUAAACAUAAUAAUAAAAUAAACAUUGGGAUAUUCUUAUGAUGUUAAUCUUGUUACA